AUGUCAGGCUCUGGGCGAAAAGACUUCGAUGUGAAGCACAUCCUACGACUCCGCUGGAAACUCUUCAGCCACCCGUCGCCGGCCCCUGGCGGCCCGGCGGGGGGCGGCUGCCUGCAACAGGAAGGCAGCGGCAGCUUCGAGCACUGGGGACCCAGCCAGAGCCGCCUGCUCAAAAGCCAAGAGAAGGGCGGCGUGAGCACUUUCUGGAAGAAGCCUUCCUCUUCCUCCUCUUCUUCGUCGUCCUCACCGUCCUCUUCCUCCUCUUCCUUUAAUCCACUGAAUGGCACCCUGCUGCCAGUGGCCACAAGGCUGCAGCAAGGGGCACCGGGGCAGGGCACUCAGCAGCCAGCCAGGACUCUCUUCUACGUGGAGUCUCUAGAGGAAGAGGAGGUGUCAGGCAUGGACUUUCCUGGACCACACGAUAAAGGGCUGGUCCUGCAGGAGCUCAAAGUGGAGCCGGCCAACUCAAGCCAGGCAACAGGUGAAGGAUGUGGACACAGGCUGACAGCAACUAGCCAUUCAUUGACACCUCAAAGUGAUAUGGACUCCAGUAGCUCUGAAGAAUUCUAUCAGGCUGUUCACCAUGCUGAGCAAACCUUCAGAAAAAUGGAAAGUUACUUGAAACAGCAGCAACUCUGUGAUGUUAUUCUGAUUGUCGGGAACCGAAAGAUACCUGCACACAGGCUUGUUCUGAGCUCAGUCUCUGACUAUUUUGCUGCCAUGUUUACAAGUGAUGUUUGUGAAGCCAAGCAAGAGGAGAUCAAGAUGGAAGGCAUAGACCCCAAUGCCCUCUGGGACCUUGUCCAAUUUGCAUAUACAGGUUGCUUGGAAUUAAAGGAAGACACCAUUGAAAACCUUCUUGCUGCAGCGUGCCUUCUUCAGCUUCCCCAAGUAGUGGAAGUGUGCUGCCACUUCCUCAUGAAGCUGUUGCACCCAUCCAACUGUCUGGGGAUCCGAGCCUUCGCAGAUGCUCAAGGGUGCAUUGAGUUAAUGAAGGUAGCCCACAGCUAUACAAUGGAAAACAUAAUGGAAGUUAUGAGAAAUCAAGAGUUUUUACUGCUUCCAGCUGAGGAGCUCCAUAAACUCCUGGCCAGCGAUGAUGUAAAUGUUCCUGAUGAAGAAACCAUCUUCCAUGCAUUAAUGAUGUGGGUCAAGUAUGACAUGCAGAGGCGAUGCAAUGACUUGAGUAUGCUUCUUGCCUUUAUAAGAUUGCCACUGCUUCCACCACAGAUAUUGGCUGACCUAGAAAACCAUGCAUUAUUUAAGAAUGAUCUGGAAUGUCAAAAGCUGAUUCUGGAAGCAAUGAAAUAUCAUCUAUUGCCAGAAAGAAGAACUUUAAUGCAAAGUCCAAGAACUAAACCUAGAAAAUCUACAGUUGGAACUCUAUAUGCUGUAGGAGGAAUGGAUAACAACAAAGGAGCUACAACCAUAGAGAAAUAUGACCUCAGAACAAAUUUGUGGAUCCAGGCAGGGAUGAUGAACGGCAGGAGAUUGCAGUUUGGUGUGGCUGUUAUUGAUGACAAACUCUUUGUAAUUGGAGGUCGAGAUGGCUUAAAGACAUUGAACACUGUUGAAUGUUACAAUCCCAAAACCAAGACUUGGACUGUUUUACCACCAAUGUCAACACAUAGACAUGGUCUAGGUGUAACAGUCCUUGAAGGUCCUAUUUAUGCUGUGGGAGGCCAUGAUGGCUGGAGCUAUCUGAAUACAGUGGAGAGGUGGGAUCCCCAGAGUCAGCAGUGGACAUUUGUAGCCAGUAUGUCCAUUGCCCGAAGCACAGUUGGUGUAGCAGCACUGAAUGGCAAAUUAUAUUCAGUCGGAGGUCGUGAUGGAAGUUCCUGUUUGAGUUCAAUGGAAUAUUAUGAUCCUCAUACAAAUAAGUGGAACGUGUGUGCUCCAAUGUGUAAGCGGAGAGGGGGUGUUGGAGUGGCCACGUGUGAUGGUUUUCUCUAUGCAGUAGGAGGUCAUGAUGCUCCUGCUUCAAAUCACUGUUCCCGGUUACUAGAUUAUGUAGAAAGAUACGAUCCCAAAACAGACACAUGGACCAUGGUGGCUCCUUUGAGUAUGCCCAGAGAUGCUGUUGGAGUCUGUCUCCUUGGUGACAGAUUAUAUGCCGUUGGUGGCUAUGAUGGGCAGACAUACCUCAACACUAUGGAAUCCUAUGAUCCACAAACAAAUGAGUGGACACAGAUGGCUUCUUUGAAUAUUGGGAGAGCAGGUGCCUGUGUCGUAGUCAUCAAGCAACCUUGACUUACUUUUCUUUUUGGAGAGAUUUUAUUUGCUGGAGUGGUUAUUUUUAUAUCAGAGGGCAAGAAUGAGAACUUCCUAAGAUGAAAAUUCUUCAAGAACAAGGAUUUCUGUAGAUUUACCUACUGAUGUCAAAAGAGAUAGAAGAUCAAAAAAAUUAUAGGAAUCGAAAUAAACAUCAAACUGCUAUGGGAACAAUGUCUGGCUGUAUAUUAGUUAGUUCAGGAAUGGUUAUUGGUAAUUUAUUUUGUAUUGUAGCAUACAAUAACUAAAGUUACCAAAGGCUUGUUUUUCUUGAGCAAUUAAAAGGAGAGACCAGUGUUUGUGACAUGCAUAAUUUCAUGGCUACAACUCAUUCAAUGGUUUUAUAGUUUGUGGCAAUAUCAAAGAGGUCAAAGACAUGAUAUUUCAUCUGACAGAAUCUGAUUGGUUUACUACUUUCUAAUCAGAUGUGGUCAUUCUAGGAGGCAGAAUGAUGUUUUAUUAAAACAAACACGCUUCUUCCUCAUUUUCUCAACUAUGAGGACAAUUAGAGAAACAGAUUCAUGCCUGUCUCUUGCAUUCAGAAAACAAACUGUUCCACUAAUCAAAGCUGCAUAUUUCAUCAGAGAGGAUGGUUGAAUUUUAUUGCAACCAUAUUAGCAAUCUGAAGCUGGCAAACACAAAGGAUUGUUUUCAUUAGGCUUACCACAUUGCUUUGCUUUUUGAACACACUGAGCCAAAGAAUCAGUACAAUUAUGGGCUUUUGCCUUAUGUUGAGUUCAGUGUAAGCAUGGAAGCUAGUUAUUCUGAAUGUUAUAUAUAUUCAUUGCAUGUUAAAGUCCUUUAGAAUUUUGUUCAUAAAAGACAAAACAAAACAAAAACCUUAGAAUUUUGAGAGAAAAAUCUAUGAUUCAUUCAUUUGGAGUGUUAUGAUCAUUGUUAGAAGGAAGGCAGACUUCAGAUUCUCAUUUCCCACUUUUCAAACUUGUUACAUUGAUAUGCACAUUAUUUUAUGCCAAAUGUUUGUAACUGUUUAAAGCAUAAAGUGGAAACAUUAUAUGAUGUCCUUAAUAAAUUCAUGUAAAUUUUAAAUAUAAUUAAUA